AUGAUUCAACAAACCUGGACGUCGGACUCAAAGCAAGUCCAAGAACUCAACGCAGCCUUGACUGCAUCCACCGCAGAAGUUGCUGGUCGCAAGAUUCACGCUCUUUCGACCUUGUGGAAGUCACUCGAGGACUAUGCUGAACAAGUUCCAAGAGGGAACCUGAUUCAAAAACUCCUGGGCAACGGCGCAGAACCCGUUGGGAACGAGACGCCUCCAGGUCGAGGCAUGCAUCGUCCGCCCGACAGUUUUCUAGUAUCCCACGUGGUCGAACCGCGUAGCGCUGAAGGGGCCAUGCGAGUACACACUCAGUACUCGGGUGGGACACGUGGGGCUAUUCUCCCUUUGGAUGACAGCGUCGAUAACCUCAGACUGGACACCGCAAACGGUGCGAGCGCCGUCUCAGCUGGGAUCGAAAACGCUGAGUAUUUUGGACGACGUUUCUUGCCGCGUCAGCGAGCAGCGAGCCUUGUCAGCUCCGGCGCAAGGAAGCAACUCUAUGGUCGUCCCGAGGAGCUGACAGGCCACCGCAUAUUUGUAAACCACAGCACGGUCGAUGCAAAUACCCGCCGCUGGCUAGGCCAAAAUCCUAGCGAAGUGUUUAUGCCGUCCGGCGGGGCGCUGAGCGGUCUGACUCUGACGGCCCUCAUUUCGAAAAACAACUUAUGGUGGGCGGGCAUCAUUUGUGCUGCAGUAGCGGCGCUGGCCGGGGCACUGGGAGACUGCAUCCUUCGUUAUUCCUUUGUCAAGGGAAGAGAGUCGCAGGAACGUGCCCCGACAGACACAGCGAAACAUAGUCUCCCCCCACCUCUCCACAUGAGACCUCUGUGGAUCCUCGGGAUGUUUCUUAGCGUCAUUCUCAAUCCUUUCCUGACGCUGGUCUCGUACCGGUUUGCGGCGGUGUCAGUCGUCUCGAUGUUCGGCGGUCUUCACACUCUCGGGUCUCUCGUUUUCGCACGGAUCCUUCUUUCGGAGAAACUAGGUUGGCGAGAUGUCGUUGGCGGACUGUUGAUUGUCAGCGGCAUAACGGAGGUCGUCAUUUUCGGGCACAAUGCAGACGACAGUCAGGAGUUCAUCGUAAACGGAGUUGCGUUCAUCAUUUUCUGUUGCCUGACCUUCAUCGCUAUCUUCAUCACAGCCGUCAUUUCCCAUAACUUAUCCAGAUACCCUGCAUCAUUCAUUGGCCCGGUCUACAACGGCAUUCUUAUCUGUUUGAAUAGCGUUGGCGGCAUUUGGGUGUUCUCGGAAUAUACAAAUUCGUUGCUGUUAUUCCUGCUCGGACUGGCAAGUACUUCUGCGGGAAUCUUGAUCUCCGCUUAUAGCCAAGCAAUGAAGCAAGAAACAGUGGAGCCUCUAGUCCAGGGCCAGGAAGCAGCAUCUCUCGUGGAGAGUGACGAAGAAAAUUCUCAACUGGCUCCGGAUGAAAUGGAAUACUAA